AUGCCUGAGUUACAAACUGCAUUUGCCUCUGGUAGAUCUUAUUGUUUUGGAUUCCUUUACUCAAGUCUCAUCGGGUAUGUGCAGCUUGCCGCACUCAUUGCUUGUAUUGUUAUGUCUUCAUUGCGUCUAAAAAGGCAAGAUUAUGUUGAUGCUCAGAAUCAAGAGGACGAUGAUCAUAAGAACAUUAGGCAGUCCCUGAACAUAUUCUACGCAUUGGUGCUCAGCCAAUGCAUUCUCUAUUUCGUGAGUGCGAUAGUGGCAAGCCCAUUGAAACGGAUGUUUGUGGUUUGUUUGAAAUAUAAGCUAGGAGUUUGGGGGUUUCUAGCUAUUGCUCGCUAUCUACAGGAAUGCCUUCUAAAGUGCAUCAGUGGGGAUCUUCAUGAGGCAGUCAACAUGGACUUGGUUUCCUUUGCAAAGCAGAAGUUGACCUCUAACGCACUGGAUGACCAGCUGCUAGGAAUUCGUAUUCUUGACCACCUCCUAAGAAUCAAGGAACACAAAGCAAUGGUGCUCACCAAGAUUCGAUCUUCUCUUGAUACUGUCGAGAAAGCAGUCUACAUGCUUGGCUUGAAGAAAGAAGUGGAACAAGACACCAGGGGGCAUGCUGCGCGUGUGCUGCUGGAGGUCGCCCCUGACCUUCAGGUAGAGAGCUUUCCUGGUAUUUUCCAGUCUAUUUCUUCACUAAUUAUCACACACAAGGCAACGAUCAGUGGGAGCUUUAGCAACUCAAUCCGUGUGAGCACAAGCAAAGAGCUCACGUUGCUUGGUGUAGAUAUUCUUAACAAACUCCUGACUAAUCCGGAAAACUGUGUGGAGGCAAAGAAUGCCAAGAACAUGUUGUCCAAGAUCCUAGACAUUACAAAUUGUUGGGAUGAAAAAACUCUAGACUCUAAUAUUGAUAAAAUUAUAGUCGAGAACUCACUAAAUGUCUUGCGCAAGCUUGUGAGCACAGCUGGUGAGACCGGUGAGGAGCUCAGGUGCCAAGUAGCCAAGAAUAUACACACCAUACAGAAUAUCAGAAAGUUCUUCAUAGAUUAUGCUGAAAGCCAACCAGCGAUGCUUGCUCAAGCAGCAGACAUCCUUGCAUGCCUAGCUUUAAAUGACAGUGCCAGGAAGGAGAUAGAAAGAUCACACCUAAUCAUCUGGAAACUCAUUAGUCUCCUAGCUGAAGAUAGUGAUGAAGGCCAAGAAAGCUCUCUGAGAGUGUCAACCGGAGUCAAAAUGUCGGCGGUCGAAGCAUUAGUAUUGCUCAGUGCUCCUAUCAAUGAAAAUGCUAUGCUCAACGCAGUGAGUGGAAGGAGCAUCAUGGCCAUAUUGUCAGAAACUAAGCUGCAAGACAUGCAACGGAUUGUGUCUACACUCUUCGAAGAGUCCGCAGAGCAUAGAAUUAUGGUGGCGAGAUUUUUGCAGAAUCUUCGGGGUUACCAGGGACCACAUUACGGUGGUCAGUUGGAGAUAGUGAACAAAGCUCUACCGAAGGAAAUGGAGGCGCUCAUGAUAAAUGAACAAGGCAAGCUGCUGGAGAGCUUUAUUGGCCUGUGCAUGCAAAUCUGCACCAGCGGGAAUGCAAAGCAAUUCACUAACGCGCUGAGGAGUGCCGAGAUUACAUACGAUAUGUUCGUCCAGAUGCUUAGGAAGAUACUGGAGUUGUACAAGUCGCCAUCUUCCGAUGCUCCGGGCAUUCGAAGGGUGGUGAUUCAACAAAUGAACUGGAUGAUGGCUAGGGAUAACAAGUACAUCGACAUUUUCCUGAGGCAUGAAAUGGAUAAGGCACUGAAAGAAGUAGCACAGACGGCACUGAAGCUUGAGAAUUAUUGGUUCUUCCGUUUUGAUGUUGGGACUUUUGAGCAUGAUCAAUCCAUUUAUUCUCUUCUGAGCAUUUCGCCACUACUACAAGCUGGUGGCUCCGGCUUAUAG